AGCAGCGGCAUCAUCAUCAGCGGCAGCAGCAGCAUCAUAAUCAUCAGCAGCAGCAGCGGCAUCAUCAUCAGCGGCAGCGGCGGCAUCGUCAGCGACAGCAGCGGCAUCAUCGUCAGCAGCAGCAGCGGCAUCAUCAUCAGCAGCAGCAGCAUCAUCAGCAGCAGCAGCGGCAUCAUCAUCAUCAGCAGCGGCAUCAUCAUCAUCAUCAUCUGCGGCAGCAGCAGCGGCAUCAUAAGUAGCGGCAUCAUCAUCAGCAGCAGCAGCGGCAUCAUCAUCAGCAGCAGCAUCAUCAUCAUCAGCAACGGCAGCGGCGGCAUCGUCAGCGAUGAGCUCCGCCGGCGAUCUGAGCGCCGAGGCGGCGGCGGUGGCCGCGGCGUCGUCCCCGCGCCUCGAGCACCUCCUGAGCGCCGUGGAGCGCGAGUCGCGCGCGGGCAGCGAGAAGGGCGACCCCACGGAGCGCGAGCUGCGCGUGGCGCUCGAGGAGCGCGAGCUCUGGGAGAGGUUCAGCGAACUCACCAACGAGAUGAUCGUCACCAAGGCGGGCAGGCGAAUGUUCCCCGUGAUCAAGGCGUCCGUGUCCGGCCUCGACCCGAACGCCAUGUACUCCCUGCUGCUGGACUUCUGCGCGGCCGACGCCCACCGCUGGAAGUACGUGAACGGCGAGUGGGUGGCGGGCGGCAAGCCUGAGCCGCAGCCGCCCAGCUGCGUCUACAUCCACCCGGACUCGCCCAACUUCGGGGCGCACUGGAUGCGCGCGCCCGUCUCCUUCUGCAAGGUCAAGCUCUCCAACAAGAUGAACGGCAGCGGGCAGAUAAUGCUCAACUCGCUGCACAAGUACCAGCCCCGCAUCCACAUCGUGCGCGUCGGCGGCGCCCAGCGCCUCGUCACGAGCCACGCGUUCCCCGAGACGCGCUUCAUCGCCGUCACCGCCUACCAGAACGAGGAGAUCACUUCGCUGAAAAUUCGACACAAUCCUUUUGCCAAGGCGUUUCUGGAUGCGAAGGAAAGUGCGGCGUGUUCCUACAGGAGUGACCCGCUGAAGGACGGCGUCGGAGACGUGGCGGAUAUUCAGCAGUCCGGAUACGCGUCCCUGGGCGGCUGGUUCCUGCCGACUGCGCCCACCUCGUCCCACCACCAGCAGUUCCCCGGGGGUCUCGCGCUCUCCGCUCACCACGCGACCGCGGGCUGCGAGCGAUUCUCCUCGCUCCGCUCGCACCGCGCGGCGCCCUACCCCAGCCCCUACCGCAGCUCCUCGCCCACCUCAGCCUACGUGGACGUCUCCUCCGGCGGGGGGCUCCCUCUGUUCCCCGCGCACGAGGGCUGGUCCAGCCUGCAGGUGGGGGGGCCCGGCGGGGCCACCACCUCGGCGCCGGUGCCCAGCCAGUACCCCAGCCUGUGGUCCGUGAGCAACAACAGCCUCUCCCCGGCGCAGCAGCAGUCCGGCCCCACCGCAGGCCUCCCCGUGCCGUUCUUCCGCGGCGGUGGCGGCGGCGCCUCCUCCUCCUCCCCGUACGGGCAGAGUCACGGCGGGGGCCCCCCUGCCGUGUCGCCCUACGACAGCGUCGGCGGCCACCACCACCACCACCACAGCUCCGAGCUGGCGGGAACCGGCCACCCCCUCUCCUCGUCGUCGUCCUCGUCGUCCGCCUCCUCCUCCUCCUCCAUCAUCCCCGUGUCGUCCACCAUCGCCGUGGGGCUCCCCGACUCGCACUACGACGCUCAGGCCCACCAAAGGCUCAUGUCGCCCGCCUGGGCUUCGCUGUCUCCGGCGACGCUGCAGUAGUCCACGCUCGCCGGCGCCACCGACCCGGAGGAACUUGAGCCGCGAUGCCCGUGAACUUGGGGGCCGGCCUUCGGUUUUGAACGACUGCGCGACGAGCCGCCGUCGUUCAAACCAGCAGCGGUUGUUUCACCGAGAUUUGGGCGAUGAAAUCGAUGACGACGGUUUGCAUCAGGCCCACGUGCACCGAACGGUCCGGGGCGUCCGACGGGAGGGCCCGCUUACAGGACACAGGAGAGCAAGUGGAGGAAGCGUUCCCGUGGCAUCAUCCCCAGCCACCACCCCCCUCCACCCAAGGGACGCGCUCCCUCGUCUCGCGCGAGGCGAUGCACUGGCGACUCGGCACCCACGGCGAGUUCCCGAUGCGUUUCUGGGAGAAACGAUUCAAAGAAAGGAGACAUUUUAAUGGAAUUUUAAAAGCAUUCGCAAAUGUUGUUGGGUUUACACGAGAACGCAUAUAUAUAUAUCUCGGCAAAAUGCACAUGUGCUUGCAGUGUUAUGCAAAAGACAAAGAUUUCCUGUUAUCGCUUUUGACGGACCGUUGGGGCAAGUGGUGUUAGCGAGUGGCACCGAUGAAGGCCGGCACGGCACACGAGGAGGCGGGUGGCCAGCACCACGCCCCCUUUGUCUCCCCGAGUGCCGAUAUUUACAUAUCGCUCCAAGUACUCAUUUGAGGCUGAAUCUGCCUUGGGGAAGCUCAGAACAGUUUUAGAUAAUCGUCACCGGUGUUGGUCGUGAGUUGGAAUCGAACUCGGGUCGCCGGGUUCGUAGCGGAGCGCUAACCAAUACGCUACCGCUCCCCCACAGCCGUAUGCACAAACUCAUACAUACACACGCGCACGCGUACGAAUAUGAAUGCAAGCACAGUCGCAAGCACACAGAUGUGUACAUUGACGUACGAACGUACAGCACAGGCAUGGACAGUCAGCGAGUAGUUGUGAGGAGCGGCAAGGCAGACGAGAGCGUGCCGGACUCAGCACUGCUUGUGUCAUUCACCACAUCGCACCGCACUGGGUACCCAUUUUAGGCCGAGCCAACCUUGUGGGAGGCCCAGGCCAGAUGCGUUUACCGUUGAGCACUCACGGCGGUGUGUGUACGCACGUACGCAUGUUGACGUUCUUUUGUGCCGUACGUAGCCAACCGUGCUAAUCGGAGGUGCGGGGGAAGGACAACAAACUAAACGCAGAAAGCAGUUCUGAAGCAAUGAUUUUGUCAAUCUGGACGAUGAUUAAAGGAGUGCGCGUAGCUCCCAGCGGCUUCCUAAUAUCGGAAGGAAGAACGUUCCAGACGGUAGCCGGGGAGGUCGCUGCGGACGUAGUGCUGCCCGUCAGGCUCGCCACAACUCCUCGACCUGAAACAAACCCCGACACUGUUUUGGAUGGAGCAGGAUUGUAACGGGCGUCUGAUUCAUUUUUUCUCAAAGGAGAGCUGGCAAUGGUACAAAAAGUGGCUUUUGAUUUGAAGCUUUCGUGACUGCAGGAAUCCAUAGUCUUUGGGUCUUUCGCUAAAGUCACGUAGGUAGAAAAAUAUUAGAUCACGACGUUUCGGACGCAAACACAAGCCCAAUGACGGUGACGGACGUCGUGAUCUAUUAUUGUUCUACCUACGUGGCUUUACCGAAAGACCCAAAGAGUAGAAGCAUGUGGAUUGUUUUGUUGCCUCUCCUCCCAUCGCACAGAGUCAAGCGGCAGCCGCUCUGCGAAUGGGUCGCGGGAUGGGGGCCGCGUAGCCACGGCUCACUGCGUUUGCGCCUUGAAAACUGAAAUCAACGCCGGCGUGAGACACAUCGCAAAAGCGUCAAUUGCGACGGUUGUAAUCGAAGCUCUUUCGUCUAAAGCAUGGGUGGGGAACGUCCGGCCCGCGGGCCGUGUAAGACCCACGAAAUAAUUUGGUCUGGCCCUGCCAAGGCAACCGCAGGCGGCACUCGAAAUUCAAUGAAUCUAGGAGCAAACCUGGAAAAGCAGUUGCGCGUAGCAACAUCAUCAAUACCAGCUAACAUCACACGCCUCGCCAAAGAGAAGCAGUUCCAGCCAUCACAUUGGGGGUGAGUUAAUGAAAUGUUUGACCAUAUAUAACAGGUUAAUUUUUUUAAGUUGAUAAUUUUCUAUGGCCAGCAAAUGAUGUUAUAAAUAUCCAAAUGGUCUAAACGAUCGCAGGCGAGGAAAUGUAUCUUGGCAAGAAGUAGUAAUUUCGUCGGAACAAAAAAUUGACGCAACGAGUGGAGCUCGACUGCAAGUUGUGGGGAAAUUGAUUUUCUGCACAUGUAUCUGUCUGGGUGGAUGAAAUGAGAUCUCCGUUGUGGAAAGUUGUCAGUGGUCGCUGUGCGAACAGAGACGCGGCGCUCACCGCUCUGCCAGGUUCAGCGAUUCGGAGUGAACGCUGUGCCGUUUGUCCAUUAAUAUGUUGUCGUCCGUCCGUCCGUCCGUGAAUUCAGCCUUUUAUUCGGCUGCCUCGUGCAGCGGGAAGUCACGGUGGCCACUCCGGUGGCUCUGGCCACCGUGACUUUGUUGGGGAGCCGUGCGGAAAGUGUUGGCAGUCGCGCCAUGCCGAGUUUCGGUACCUGUGGUUAGCAUAAACAUACAUCCAGUGCCGCACGCCUUUCACCUACCGCGAUGUCGAUUAAUUUCCCAUAAGGUCACGACAGCGUCACAACAAUUCCCGAAAGUUGUCUGCGAAUUCACUGCCACCGCCCGUUCUGCCUCCUCCUCCUCCUGCUGCUGCUGCUCAGACAAAUCUCUGACGGUCCACACGGGCGCUCUUGCACAGCGUGCAACGCUUCAAUUUCACCGAGUGAACAAACGACCAGACUGCGUGUGGGUUCUAUGGAUGCGAUAUAAUUUUCCCCGAACGUCGGACGAAAGUUUAUCAUCUACCCCGCCGCGCACGGCGCCGGGCAGCCCAUCGUAGCGGUUGACGUUCAAGUCGCCACCGGGGGGGGGGGGGUCCCUCUCCUCCCCGCCGCGGGCGAUGUCGACGAGUCCAGGCGCUGUCCGUCGCGACCACGACGACUGCGCUCAUCCUGGACGGACACAAAGCUGGGCCAGGCCGCCCUUUAAAAAAAAAAUUGCGAGUGGAAUUUCCACCGCUCGCUACGGGUCUCCGGGGACGAUGAGCGACACCCACCUACCCCGACUCCUCCACCCCGACUCC